AUGUCGAGGUUGCUGUCAUCCGCGCUAUCGUUGCGCCGCGAUCCGCGACUGCUCAAGCUGCCACCGUUCCUAUCUCUGACCUGCAUCGUGGUUGGCAUCGUCUGGCUCCUGCUGUUGCCCCUAGACAGUUACUCUCGCCAUACGUAUAUUUCCGAAAACGCCCUGCUACCCGGACAAGUGCAUACAUACUUCGGCGGCAGCGAGCAGAACGUCUUGAAUGCCUACAGGCGCGAACUGGACGGGUUUUCCGACAAAAGCAACCACCAAAUCAACGACCACCUCGAGGCUAUACUGGGCAGGAUUGGAGCUAAAGUUGGAAGACAGAAUUACACGUAUACCUCAGCAGGCGAGGUUUACUUUGGCGAGAACCUCUAUGGAAUACUGCAAGCGCCUCGAGGCGAUGCCACUGAAGCCAUAGUAUUGGUCGCAGCUUGGAAGAGUGUCCAUGAUUUGUUCAACGGCAACGGAGUCGCACUGGCGCUUACCCUGGCUCGUUAUUUCAAGCGAUGGUCGUUAUGGUCAAAGGAUAUAAUCAUCCUCGUGCCACCAAAUAGCCGGACUGGCACGCAAGCUUGGGUCGACGCCUAUCACGAUGCACACGACUCAUACCAAGUCGCCUCGCUGCCGAUCAAGUCUGGCGCCCUGCAAGGGGCUGUCGCUAUAGACUUUCCCCUCGAACAGCGAUUUGAAGGUCUUCACAUCAUAUACGAUGGCACGAAUGGGCAAUUACCCAAUCUCGACCUAGUCAACUCGAUUGUCAACAUAGCUGGUGGUCAGAUGGGAAUGCAGACAGCAAUCCAAGGCAUGAAACAUCAUGACAAUUCCUACAAGGACCGGCUUCAGACCAUGCUGCGAGGCAUGCUGAAGCAAGGGCUUGGUAUCAGCACCGGCCCCCACAGCAGUUUCAUUCCAUACCAUGUUGAUGCCGUGACGCUCCAGCCAUACGGUGAGGGAUGGCAUGAUGCAAUGGCUAUGGGACGUGUCAUUGAAGGGACCUUUAGGAGUCUAAACAACUUGCUGGAGCAUCUGCAUCAGAGCUUCUUCUUCUAUCUUCUCAUGCAAAGGGAUCGCUUUGUUAGCAUCGGGACCUACCUGCCUAGCGCCAUGCUCUUAGCUGCCAAUUUCACCAUCAUGGCCAUCUUCCUAUGGGUAAAGAGCGCGCACCCUCUACCUCUACCACCCGGCCAAAAUACGCGUUCCGAAAAGUCCCAGCUGGCAGACUCGAAGGUUGCACCCGUUAAAGAAUCGAACCAACUAUCUGCGGGUCAGCAACCCUCAGGACGAGACCUCUUCCCCCCCCUCGGAAUCGUUUCGUGCUGCCAUGCUGCAUCCAUCGUGCCUCUGUUUGUAUUUAACAACAUCCGUGUUGCUUACCUUCCGGCCACGUUUACCGUCAUCUGUCUCGGCUCUGCGGUACUUCCGUACAUCAUAUCUCGUUUUCUACCUUUCAUAUUUGUACUGCGACCACAACUCUUUCAGUUGACCAAAUCUUUUUCGUUGCUGGUUCUCGGUAUCGCUUUGGCCACUCUGGCGACUCUCAACUUUUCUUUGGCGUUCAUCAUUGGUAUACUUGCCAGUCCUCUCACCUUUGUCCAGCCUUGUACAACUACUCUGUCCAAAUACACCAUGGCUGGGUUGCUCAGCGCUGUUGCGCCGCCUGUCAUCGUAUUCACUGCAGCCCGAGUUUCCGAUUUGCCAGUGGCGGAGCUGUUGCAAGAGGCCAGUUUUGGGUGGGACGUUUGGGCCAUGUACACGCCAAUCGUCAUCUGGUGCAUUUGGUGGCCAGCCUGGCUAGUCGCCAUGGUUAAUGUGCUAGGUACAUUUCAGAGAUAA